CUUAAGACCCUCUCUGUAAUAUGAGCUUUUAUUUUGAAACAACAAACAUUCCGGAAAAGGUUCCUCAUAGACGCGGAUGCAAAGAUGGCGGAAGAGGACAGUCAGUUUGAAGAAUUUGAGCAAAUAGACUUUUUAAGAGAUCGGCAUAUCCGAUUCUUCCAGAGAACGCUUCAGGUGUUACCCGAGAGAUAUGCAUCUCUAGAAACAACCAGGUUAACUGUUGUGUUUUUUGCUCUGUCUGGUCUGGACGUGCUGGAUGCUCUUGAUGUGGUUGAUAGGAACAUCAUAAUUGAAUGGAUCUACUCAUUACAAGUUCUGCCCACAGAGGAUCAAUCUAACCUAAGUCGUUGUGGGUUUCGAGGAUCAUCUCAUAUUGGAAUUCCUUAUAGCACUAAGGGUCCAGGGGUGCUCCAUCCAUAUGACAGUGGCCAUGUAGCCAUGACCUACACUGGUCUGUGCUCACUGCUAAUACUGGGAGAUAACCUAGGUCGGGUUAACAAACAGGCCUGUCUGGCUGGUCUCAGAGCACUGCAGCUGGAGGAUGGCAGUUUCUAUGCAGUGCCAGAAGGAAGUGAAAAUGACAUACGCUUUAUCUACUGUGCUGCCAGUAUCUGUUACAUGCUGGAUGACUGGUCAGGCAUGGACAUCCAAAAGGCCAUUGAAUAUAUCCGAGGAAGUUUGUCGUAUGACAACGGCUUUGGUCAGGGAGCUGGGCGAGAGUCACAUGGUGGCUGGACGUACUGCGCCAUAGCCUCUCUGUGUCUGAUGGGUCGGCUGGAGGAAGCACUGAGUAAGCGGGAGCUCGACAGGAUCCGGCGCUGGUGUAUCAUGAGGCAGCAGAGUGGCUUCCACGGGCGCCCCAACAAACCUGUAGACACAUGCUACUCAUUUUGGGUUGGAGCUACGCUAGAGCUGCUAGAUGUGUUCCAGUAUACGAACUUUGACAAGAACAGGAACUUCAUCCUGUCCACACAAGAUCGAUUGGUGGGGGGAUUUGCCAAGUGGCCGGACAGCCAUCCAGCUAGCCCGAGGACUCAGGACAUCCAGCUCCUCACAUUACAGGAACAAGGCAAGGGAGAUGGGCUGAGAGAAACAAUGAGGCACAACAGAUGCGGUAUCGAAAAAGACAUGCAAAUAUGACUGAACAAAAGAAUGUUUUGUGCAAUAAAAGGGAUUCUGCUGCAGU